AUGUUCUCUGAAUAUGCAUCACGCUUCUUACAGCAGUCCAACAACCGCCUCUCCUUCACCCAGAAUGACGACCAGCGAAACCAGUCCAGAAACCCUCUAGAUCGCCGACGUGCGCCAGCCAGCAACUCACGAUACGUCCAGCGUCCCGGCAUGGCACCACACCCGUACCACAACCCCUCUGCAUCGCAAUCUCGCUUUCCUUUCGCCAGCCGAGUAGCACGUCAAGACCCAUCCGCCCCUCUGUUCUACAGCGCUACAGACGACUUCCAAGACGAGGACGAAAACGAUGUGCACGAGAGGGAGGUCGCCGACUACUACGCUCUCCAACGAAGCCGGCAACACUUCGGGCGCAGCAAUCUCACUGAAAGCUCAGAAGCAGAAGACGAUGGCAUAGAGAAGAGUGAUGAGACACAGAAAGGUCAAAAUCAUGACCGAGAUGAGAGCAGGCAAAGAGGCAGAGUGGGCGCUCCACAGCCACCAUCGUCACGAGGUGAAAGCGUGCCGGAGUCAGAAGCGAGUAGGCCGAGCUCAAAGGGCAAAGGGCGUCUUUUCGACGUCAAUCUGAACAGCACGAUUCACGAAGAGCCUCCCGAGUCGUUGGCCAAUAUAUCUCCAUCGAUCGAUCCAGACGAGCCGCCUACGCCAUACAGGCCUUUCAAAACCGCCAUCAAGUCUAGCAGAUUGAGCAGUCUCUUGCCCAUGGAGACCGACGAGGAGACCCAACAUCUGAACCCUCGGCCGCCCUCUCCAGACCGUGAGAGCGUGCCACCAACUGUUAUCCUGCCAUCGCAGGAGCCUCCCAAGCACGAUGCGUUCUGGGCCAAUCUAUUCACCAUCACACUCUUCGCCAUGUUCGCGGCUUUCGUCGUCAUCUGGUUCCAGACAUCUGCACCGUCGAAGAAAACGCCUUUGGGAGAUACAGUUUACAGCGCGCUUCGCGGGAGCACGAACAUGCUGGUUUGGGAUACUCUGAUCGCUGUGGUCGUGGCUCUGAUUUGGCUGGCACUACUCAGAAACUACGUCCGGCCUUUGAUCUACUGCCUGGUGGUUGCAGUACCAUUGGUGCUUUUCGCAUUCUCGCUCUAUCCCUUCAUCAGCAGCUUCAAGGGGUCGUGGAACGGCGCUUCUAUUCAAGACCGCGCCAUGCGAUGGGUCUCCCCAAUUCCAGCAGUUAUGGCUGUAUUCUGGACAUGGAGUGUCUUUAAGAACCGCCACAGUCUCUCCAAAUCUAUCAGCAUCCUGGAGUUUAGCAUCAAGGUUCUGGAAGUGCAUCCAUAUCUUUUGCUGCUCGGAUUUGCCACCCUAGCGGUUGUGGUGCUUUUCUCUUGGACCUGGAUGUUCAUGUUUGAGCGCGUCUUCCUUUCAGGACGCUGGGUUGGAGCCAAGAAAUUCAUCCUCUACGCCAACAGCUGGUGGUUGGGUGCUUACUUCAUACUACAGUUUCUGUGGUCGCUGGGCGUCAUUGCAGGCGUACAACGAGCUACAACUGCCGCCACGGUGAGCCAAUGGUACUUCCACCGCCUAGCAGUACCACAGCCAGCUAGUCGCGAGGUUGUGAGGGCUAGCUUCCUUCACGCUGUCGGGGCACUGUUUGGCACGGUCUGCUUGAGCACGUUCUUGGCGUUGCUGGUGAGGCUUCCCCUGAUUAUACUGCCGGGAAGAAUAUCAGGACUGCUGAACAUGUGCGCGUAUUGGAUCAUUCCGACAAGUCUGGCCACAUUGACCAACCCGCUUACCCUGACGUACGCCGCCAUUCACAGCAAUCCACUUGGAAUCGCAGGUCGCCAACUCGCACAGCUCAACUUUGUGAGCCGCACCAACCCGAGCAACACACUUGGUCCACGCAACUUCAAUCCUAUCGGACAAAACGGAAGCACGCUCCUGCCAUACCGUCUGUCGAAACUCCUGCUACAAGCAACACGAUGGAUCAUGUCAUUUGCCCUUGGAUUCGGUGGAUGGGUUCGAGCUGCCCAUAGCAUCAAGCUGGAUGGAACUGCAGCCGGUUUCAGGGGCAGCUUAUACGCCUAUGUCGUGGCUCUGAUCGCUGGUACCAUUGGUUUCGCGGUUCUGGGAGCUGUCGAGAACACGGUCGGUGCGAUUGUGGAUGCGGCCGUCAUUUGCUGGGCAAGUGAGAGCAGUGGUGGUCGAAGUGAAGCGAGGUUCUGCAGAGAGGCUGGCGAACUCUUUGGUAACGACGGAGGGUUCGAUAGGGAUGCGCGAGUGGGGAUGCCAUGA